AAUGCCAAGAGAGCACAAUGUCUUUACUUUUUCUUACUAUCUUUCUCUCAUGGACUGUGAAUUUCGUUAAUGGUGGGUAAUGAUCCUAUUUAUCGCCCACCUACUGGGAAGCAGACGAAGAGCAAAAAUGGUGUCCUAUCCGGCGCCCGUGCUACAUGUAUUGUCUUACGACAAAACACUUAGCCCAUACUUUGUUUAAAAGAAAAUUGUGCUGAAGCCAGACUCCAAACCGAACAUUUCUUCCGAAAAAGAUAUAAAAAACUCACCUUUAAGGUCAUUCGGCUGUCUUCACGAAGCUUUCAUUUUUCCAGUAAUUUUAAUGAUAGACUUGUUGAAAAUUCUGCUUUGUUGCAGGAAGUGCUUGUCUUGUUAAGCUUUUCUUCUUUGGCCUGUAGGAAGAUUUGGAAUUUCGAUUCUUGGGGCUCUUACAGUUAUUCUUUCUUCAAUCAUAAAACUUGUAGUCCAAAUACAUGUUACCUUCGUUUGCCUGGGCUUUUCUGGAAAGACAGGGUUCCUUAUAAUGUGAAGGCUUUUGCUCAGACGGUGAUGCUUAGUAGAAUUAUUACAAUCAAUGUGCCUUGGGUUAAUGGCUUGAUCACGCUUUAUCACUUGACGUUUGUGUGACGUGUUUUGGAAGUUCAGAGAUGAAAAGCCAUAUAUUUUUUCAUUGGGAAGUGGCUUGACCUGGCUGAAUUGAAAUGGGCUGUUUGAAUUCUAUGACACGAGAGCUAGCUGCCAAUAUGGAGAAAGGUGUAAAUUUCUUCACACGCUGCCGCAACAGCAAAAGCAAAGUACCAAUCCUUUUGGAUUUGGGUCCCACUCCAGUUCGCACCAAAAACAAACUGCCAAUCCUUUUGGAUUUGGGUCCCACUCCAGUUCACAGCAACAGCAUAAGACCAAUCCUUUUGGAUUUGGUGUGCAGAACAGCUCCCAGUCAAUGGGGGGCACUAGCUCAGAGUUCAAACACCAGUUCAAGCCUUUUGAUAACAAAUGGACUCGACCUUCUUCCUCACCCCAAAGUAGUGCUUCACGAAAAACUGAUGCCAAUUCUCAACAAGCGAAUCAUAAAUCCUGAAGCUUGCAAACGUCAGAUUGUAGAAGAUUUUGAGCAAGAGAAACCGCUUUGGAAGCUUACAUGCUAUGGUCAUUCUAAAGGUGCUCCUUGUGACAUUGUUGGUGAUAUUAGCUAUGAAGAAUUGCGGGCAGCUGCAUAUGAGGAUGCUAAACGGGGGAUGACCUUACAAUCAAUUGUGGAGAGAGAGAGAAAUCUACUAAAUUCCAAGUUAGUGGAGUUUCAGAACCUUCUUCGUGAACCUUACAAAAUACCGCUGAGUUCUUCUCUUACAAGUGAUAAGCAUCAGUCUCUUGGAAUUGAUGCAAACCCAUUUUCAAGGACUUCACUAGAUAAUAAUCCUCUGUCUGUCUCUAGCUUUAGUCAACUGGGGGCUUCAAUGAACAUGGGUAUUGAAAGGCCUUUUGCACCCCCAGUAGAUACUCUGGCUCAACGUAGCUCCUUUGGAACUGGAGGCAUAGGAAAUCUGCUGGCAUCCAAUGUGACAAACCAAACUGGCGGAGGCAUUGCUGGUGGCCAAAUUAACUCCUUUCCCGCAUCAGCUGAAGUUGCAGAGUUUCCCAGCGUUACCACACAGCAACCAUUUAUAGGAAGCAAUGGCCCUACUACUGGUAUGAUGUUUCCGGCAAGCACAGGUGUUCAGUUGGUAAGUAAGUCCAAAGAUGAGAAUGUCUCUGGAGAUGCCAGUAUUUGGUUAAAAGAGAAAUGGAUCCCUGGAGAGGUAAUCUACUUCUAUGGCGUCGUUUUCUUGUGCCCCCCCCCCCCCCAAAACCAAAAAACAAACACACACACACACAAAAAAGCUUUUGUGCUGCAAAAAGCUCACAAGGCUGACAAGUGCAUGGGGCAUGGAAAGAGUGAGAUAGGGAUGGGAUUUUUCACCUCGUGGCCAUCUCAGUUUUAAGCUGCCAUUAAAGCUAAUGAGCUCAUUGGUGCCUGGACACUUAAAUUUUGAAGUUGGGAGACUGUCAAUUCGAACAUUUAUGAACAUAUUUGUGAUCUUGAUUCUCUAUAAUGAUCAAAUUCCUUUAAGUUGAGGCGUAAUAGUUAUUGAAGCUUGUGGGGCUGGUAGAUCCGUACUUAAUCUUUGAUAUCAUCUGCAGUUAAUGAUCGCUGAUUUUUAACAUGGAAUUCCAAUUCCCUGACACAAAUUUUUUUCCGUAUUGAAGUAUUUCCUCUGCCCUUUUUAAUAAGCAACGAUCACCAUCUUCUUCUUGUUUCUAAAUAUAAGUAACAUUUGUAAGUUGUUUUAAAUUUUUAAAGCAAAUUUCCUAUU